UGUUGUCAAAUGAUCAAGAUCCAUCUCAACUGCGAAGCCAUACGAAGCCCGCCCAACACCUCGGACCAAGAAAUCCAACAAUGUCCCACGAUUAAUCCAACCCGCGCGAUAAAACACCAUGCAGCCAGAUAUAACGCGCUUGAACCUAGGGACCGGAGAUAUCAAUCCCAUCAUGUCUUCUGCGUACAAUGGUGGCAAUUCGAGGUCAUCGCAAUAUACGCCGAGACAAAUAGCCGUCAGAGAUAUCACCAAGGAUUUUUCAGAUGCUUCGGCAGAACUCCGGCAGGGACAACUCGUCAAAGAUGACUUCUUCACACUUUUUGAGGCAGUCGGAGCGCUUGAGAUCAUGGAUCCUAAAAUGGACAGCGGAUUCGCGCUUCCGGAAAAGGAUGCUGCGGUAGACAAUUUCGACCCUUUGCAAAAGAUGCUACCGGAGGAAAUCAUCGGUAUUAUGGAUCAACUGCUUUCCUUUGAGAUGGCAUGGCAUCAAGGAUACGCUCUUUCGCAGACGGUGUUCACAUCUCUGCACAUGUAUUCUCUUUUAACACCCUACUACAGAUCUCUGAGCGCUAUUGUGUUCAGUCCGAAGAAGAAUAGCCCUGGGGUUGUGGAUCCACUCGUCAGCAGUGUUCUGAGGGCAUUCUGUCUUGGUAUCAUCAAGUCUUGUGAUGCGGUGAUUCAGGAAAUCACUUCUGAACAUUACUAUGAGGAAGAGGAUUUUGUCACUCAGACAUUCACACAGUACAUGUUGAACGACUGUAGCCACGACGAUGUUAUUGGAGAAAUCAAGAAGGCUUUUGGAGAUCUGGAGAAACAGGGUUUGCCUACCGAUGUUCAAGAUGCCCUCAGAUGCCGCUUGGAAUUGCGUGUUCAUUUGCUCGAGGCACUGGAACCACUUACACCAGUUGAGGUCGUCGACAAGUCUGAAACAUGGAAAGCGGUACUCGACUCUGUGAACAAAGUCAAUGAUACGACCAAGCUGGGCAAGGAAAGACCUGAUCUCUUUUCUGAAAGAGUACAAAGACAUUUGGCCAGUAACACUCCGCCGAUCCCCAUGAUCAAGACGAGUUGGGAAGAGGCGUAUCCGCGCUUCAAGAGACUGGCUGAGGACAACAUUGAAGCCCAUCGAUUUGCGAGCAUUGAGAACCCUAGCCCCUUGAACGUAACUCGCUUCGCAUGGGACUUCUCCAGCAGAUCACCCCAACCAUCCACCUACUCACGCUCAGUGAUGCAAGGCCUCCUCUUCAAAGGUCAAAAGCUCCUCACCCAAACACCCCAUCUCUCCCUCAUCCUCGAAGAUAUCCGCUCUCUCUCCAUGGCUGGCGAUCCCCUCCUCUCUCCUCUAAAUUGGGAAGUCGAAUUACCGACAGAUCCUCGCUACCUCUCCUCUCGAGUCAUUGAUGAAUUCAUGGCAAAAGCACUGGACGAAUACAUCAACAUCCCCCGCAUGAUACUCCAAAACCGAUGUCGCAUGAGAAGAACAUUCUGCCAGAGCGUAGGCAUCCUAGAUGGUCUCCAAGCAGAAGCCGAGAAUGCCGAUGCCGAACUCCACUCCCUCUUUCCCUCAACAUCUGCCCCCGGUCUAGAACGCUUCUACCCUCUGGCAGCAUGGGCAUGCUUCCACAAGCUACGCAUCAUGGAAUGGAGUAUACAACUAGGCUUCGAACUGGACGUAUACCAAAACCAGGAAAUGGCAUACAUGUACCGUUUCCUCAGCUUCGUCGCCCACACGAGAGCAGAACAUCUCCAACAUAUCGAUUUAUUCCUACACUUGCGGAUGAGGAAGUAUAAGAAACAAGGCAAUAUCGCAAUGGCGGAACAGGUGGCUACCUCUCAAGCCACCAUCGCUUUCUUGACCGCUCAAGCUUCUUGCACGGCUGAAUUCGCUUCUGCGUUGAGUUCGGUGUAUGCUGUGCUCAUGUCACUCGGCUUGAUCAAGGAUAUCGACACCCAAGAAACUUACUCGACAAUGCAGAGGAGGCAUGAAUUGAGGAUGAAACCAUACUUGCCCAUCGGAACACCUUCUUUGCCGUCGGCGGAAGAAAUGGAUGCUUCUACAACCCUCACCUCUCAAUCCUCUUUCUCGGCUGUCUUUACAACAAUCUCUUCCCGCUUGGCGAGUGCGAAAACCGCAUUAUCAACACUAAAAUCUGCGAAUCCAGAAAUCGGCAACUACAAGGGCUGUGAGGCUGGUUUCAAAGCCGAAGUGCAAGGGAUACUCGGGUCAAUCGUCGCCACCGGUAUCACCGUUGUGUUGAUCAAAAAGGUCGUCGAGGAAAUAGGUGUGAGAACUGUAGCAGACGUUCAAGGCAAAGAAGACGAUGUUAAGGAAAAAUUCAAGGUUGAAGUUGUCGCGGAGAAGAGGUUUUCUGGCUUUUGGGUCGUUCCUAAAGUCGUUGGGAAUUAGAUGGGCGGAUUCUGAUUGCUGAGUGUGAUUGUUUUCUUGAGCUGGCGGAAGAUAUCGAAGAGCAGUUGAAGUGUUGCUUGCAUAUAUACCUGACCAUGCUUUCUGGUUUUAUCAGCUCUGGUCGUAGUCUGAAAGUAUCAUCUUGAUCAAAACAUCUGCUGAUGCGCUCGUGGUG